AUGCUGGAGACGAACGAUGCCAGGGACCUGAUGGCAAUCGUGGAGAAGUUGUCAGACAUCAAGGAGGACUCCCAGCAGAGAAGCUGGCACUUGCACGAGGACCUCCUCGCCAUCACGCAGCUGCUCAAAAAGUUGCUCAAUCUGCUGAUAAAUGCAAGUCCAGAUUUGAACCGAUGGAUAUUAUCCAGAAACCAUUAUGAAGCCUGUCUCGACCUGGUACUCUACUACCAAAUGGAAACUCGAUCCUCAUUACGUUUAAUAAUGCUGGAUAUCUUCGCUAAUAUAUGCUCUUUGGAUGGUCACUUCCUUUCCGAAUUGCUGGCUUCUGUGCUGCCGCUGGAAUUGUUGAGAGAGGUCAAGGAUCAAUCAACUGACAGUGAAAACCUACCAAGUGUUAUCAUCGUCCUCUGUAUGCUGUUCUCAACAGGAGAGAACAUUCCACAUAAUCAUUACACAUACUUCAAUGAAGACUUCACAAUGCUCGUGCUGGACAUAAUUGAAAGUGAUACCGAAAUUAUCUACUCUCCUGAAAUUUCAGAAUUAUGUAUCAAGUUAUUAUUAGCAUUCAAUUUGCAUCUGGAAGUUCUGAAGGAUAACAUUUGCAUGAAGAGCGUUGCAAAGAAGAAGUCCUGCAAGUAUUUAACUGAACAUCUCUUGUUGCUGUUCAACAGAGGAGACGACCCAGUGAAACUUCCAGACAUCAAAUCAGUCCCAACGAACUCUGUCAUAAAGUUCAUCUCAGAUAUAUUCUCAGACACAGUGACCUCAAACAUCUUCUACACAAACGAUGCCAAAGUUCUCGUUGAUAUCGUGCUCAGACAGCUUACCGAUCUUUCACCUGGAGAUUUCAUGAGAACGGAGCACUUGUCUCUGAUGCAGUUGGUUCUUUUGAACUCAGGUUACUUUGAACAACAGCAUCGACUGCAGGAGUUGAAGUCUUGUUUGAAUAGAAUAUACGAUGAAGAAAAUGUGAUUGUCGAUAAGGACAUCAUCCGACAAAUCUACCAUCAAUUUCCCACCUAUUUUGAUUCAUCCAGUUGCUGA